CAUUCCUUGAGCACAUCAUUUACAUAAUCCACCAUGAAGGUCGUCGCUCUUGCCGCUCUUGCCUCUGCUCUGGCUCCCGCCAGUGCCUACCUGAUCACCGGCGACAGUGUCAACUGCCGCUCAGGGCCGGGCACGAGCUACGCCGUCAAGAAGACCUAUGCUAAAGGCACCGAUGUCAAGAUCACCUGUCAAACGGCGGGCACGACCGUGAGCGGCAACAGCAUCUGGGACAAGACGCAGGAUGGCUGCUAUGUCUCCGACUACUAUGUCAAAACUGGCUCCAACGGCUAUGUGACGGGCAAAUGCGGCGGCACUUCGACCUGUGCUGCGCCCAAGUCGAAUCAGGCUACUGUUGAUCUGAUUGCCGUGUCGGAGGGCUUUGUGCCCAACGUUUAUACCGAUGCCACGGGCCACCCAACAGUCGGCUACGGCCACCUCUGCUCCAACUCCAAGUGCUCGGACGUCAAGUACAAGAUCCCCCUGUCCAAGGCCGACGGCAAGAAGCUCCUGGCCGACGACAUGAAGAAAUUCGAGAAGUGCAUUACCCAAAUGUGCAAGGCCAAGCUCAACCUGAACCAGUACGGCGCCCUGAUCAGCUGGAGCUUCAACAUGGGCUGCGGCGCCGCGCAGGGCUCGCAGCUCAUCAAGCGCCUGAACGCCGGCGAGAGCCCCAACACCGUCAUCGCCCAGGAGCUCCCCAAGUGGGUCCACGACGGCAACGGCAACGUCCUCCAGGGCCUCGUCAAGCGCCGCAACAAGGAGAUUGCGCUGGCCAAGACGCCGACCGACGACAAGGCCCUCCCGCCCAAGUGCUAAUAAGCGGGUGGACUCGACUGUUCGAUGGUGGUGGUUUGUCGGCUUGUACUUCGCUUCUGGGGUUUGGUGGGAACCUGUUGGAUUGUAUAUGGUUGUAGGAUCAAGGUAACAUAGAAUAGCGGGCAGAAGGGGGCGAUGUUUUGGAUACUUGGCAGCUUACUUUCAAAGUAAAUAUUCCCUGGAAUGAAAUUGUGGGCAAGCACCGGCGGCCUGAUGAAAGCCAGGGCCGGGAAGACAUGGGACGAGCCUCAGUAGCACCCUGGUCGGCGUUGUAUGUACUCCCUUUUCCCAUCCUCGUAUAGUAGCCCACGUUCCUUCAAAUUAUAUUCGAGUCACCACCCCCAGGAUGUAGGAGCGAGUCAGCAAUCAGC